GAAAUGGAUAACCAUACUUCAGCUAAAUAUAAUUAUUUGCCAGAAGAUGAGACGACUGGCGAUGAAGCCCCGUAUGCUCCUUGUUAUCCUUCAGAAAAUGCUACUGCUCCAUCUCAAAUUAUUUCUCAUGAGGGUUCAGGCCAUUCACAGCCAGGAGUAAGCCAACCAGUUAGCGACAUGGCUUAUAACUCUGAAUCUGACCCUCAGAAUCCUCAAGUGUAUGUUGAACAGCCAAUUACCACUGGUCAGCCUGUAUACAACGAUGGAUAUAAUAGCCAUGCUCAAAAUCAAGGAUAUCCUCAGCAACAAGUAAAUGGUAGAAAUGGUAGAAAUGGCAGAAAUGGUAGAGGACAUCAACCAAUGAAUGGUCAAAAUAAUGGUAAUCGUAAUCAACAAUAUGUUCAGUCUCGGCGCCAAAGAAUAGUUCAAAGGCAAAGAAGAAAUAAGUUGAUCUGUAACGUUAUUGUAUUCAUCAUCAUAAUUAUCAAAGUGAUCGUGGCAUGUAUCAUCCUAUCCUCAUAAAGUUGUAAAUGAUCGAAAAUAUAGGA